CGCGGAGCUCAACUGCCUCACUUCGACCGAGAGACGAUUUCACAGCAAUUGUACUCCGUUUGGGAAAGCAUACGAUUGUUUUUCCCAUAUUUGUUACUGUCCACUUGCAUUUAAAUCGCCGCUGUCGAAACAAAUACAUGUAUAUCAACGAAGGAUUUCACUUGAUUCUAAACAUGCAGCGUAUCUUUCUACGGAGCGCUGAAAUACAUCUGUGCAGGGCCUCUGAGGGACUGUGAAAUCUGGAGAGCAGGAGGACGAUACUGACGUGACAGCUCCCAGCCCCCCGCCCGCCCCUCCAGCAAGGGCCCCCCGCCAGAUAUCCUAAACAUCCGCCAGCACGGAAUGCAUGGCAAGAUCCUGGGUGAACGCGCCUCUCUCCUUGCUGGCUCCGCCGGAGUAACCCCACUCCAGGGCACUGUGUGCGCUCAGGGCUGCCAGCUGGAUGCUCCUCCAAAGGCUCUAUUCAGGCUUGAAGUUUUCCCUUGGAAGUCCCUUGAUCACUUCCCUGGGACUAGGUCCACUUAAAAGUGUGUGGUUUUUAAACCAUCAGAGGCAGCUGCUUUUUCCUCUCCCUCUUUUCAGUAAGUUGGAAGUCUCACUUUUGUAAACCGGGGCGUAUGUUUUUUCCAUAGCAGCACGGAACCAUACAAGGGGACCCGAAUAUUGAACAUGACUCAUGGGGAAGAGCCUGGCUCCGAGACGCAACAGGAUUCAGCUGUUCUAACUUACCUGGAGGGCUUUCUGAUGCAUCAAGCGGCAGGCGGGCCAGGCGGCACGGGCACGAGGCGAUCUGAGUCUGGGCGGGGUGACCAGGAACAGGGCGACAAGGUCCAGGGGGGCCUCCAGCUGCAGAAUCAUGCUGCCGAUCCAAAGCAGGACCACAGCACACCGGCAGGGGGCACCACGCAGCACCUGAAAAAGGCCAGACUGCUUCGCUCCGAGGCCUGGGGCGAGCGGGAGGGCCAGCGGUCGGCAGUGCCGGUUUUGGAUUUAAAUGGGCAGGCCGGAGAGGCCCUGGACGGCUCUCCAAACUGUAAGGGGGAGAGCACCCUGUUGGCGUCCCUGCUGCAGUCCUUCAGCUCCCGGCUGCAGACCGUGGCCCUGUCACAGCAGAUCGUUCAGAGCCUGAAGCAGCAGGACCGCGGCCGGGCUGAUGAGGGUGCCAGAGAGGAGAAGGAGAAAGAGGAGGCCCACCCGUGCUUGGGGGCCGCAUCCAGUCGCCUGAAGGGCCUCAUGAAGAAGAGCAGAAUCCAGACCCACAACAGCGUGCCUUUCGGUCGGCGAGCCAGCCAGGAGAGGGUGUCCGAGCCCCCCCAGGCGCGGCUGGGUGGGGCCCCGGCGGCCGGCCCAGACCCACUGUCCUGUGCGGCGCGCCUCAAAGCAGUGGCCAGCCUGGUGAACACCCGGCCCAGCCCCGCCCCUUCCCCGAAGCCCAGCGUGGCAUGCAGUCAGCUGGCGCUGCUGCUGUCCAGCGAGGCUCAUCUGCAGCAGUAUUCCCGCCAGCAGGCCCUGAAAGCACAGCUCUCUGGGCGCUCGGCCAGCGAGAGGCUCGCGGCUAUGGUCACGCAGCAAACGCAGGAUCAGCAGCCGAGCAGCGCUGGACGGGCUCAGAUAGCCCCAGACACGUUAAGCUCCUUAAAUGCCAAAAACGGAACACUCCCGCCACAGGCAUUAGGCUCCAGUAAACAGAACCUGACGAUGGCUGCGGGGCAGGGCAGGGGGCCGGCCUCCCCGCGAGCUCCACAACCUUUCAGAGACAGGCGACCCUUCGACCGGCAUGGUGGCCGGCCCUCCCAGAACUGCAGCAGCUUGCUCCUGCACCUGCUGAACAACCACAACGCGCAGAGGCGAGCCAACGGGCACCUUCACGGUCACGGUCACAGUCACAGUCACGGUCACACUGACCUGCGGGAUGAGCGCAGCACAUUUCCCAGCCGGGGCUCGCCGCUGCCAUCAGACAGCGAGUACUCCAACCCGGAGACCAGCCUGCCUCGGGACAGCAGUGAUGCUGAGAGUUCCUGCUCCAGCAGCUCCCCCAUCGACCUCUCCGUCAGGGGUAGGGGCGCCGGCCUGGCACUCGGCUUCUCUUCAUCGUCGUCUUCAUCUUCCUCUCUCGACAGGCUCACAGAGUCCCUGAUAAACAAGUGGAGGCCAGAGAACCCCCCGCCAACCCCAGCCAGGCCCAGAGAGCCAGAGGCGGCCUCGCUGAUGAAGCCCCACCACAAGGUGACGCUUUUGCAGCUACUGCUGGACCACAAAAACACGGCUGUAAACCAGGUGAACAGGAGCACGGAUAAUCUAGAGUUACGGCAGGGCCUGAGCCCACAGCCCAGUGGUGUGGGAGUGGGAGUGAGCAGACAGACGCCAGCUACCAGGUGCGAAGAAGCCAGGACACAGAGCCCCCAGAGUGGGCAUAUCGGGAAGAACCUUCAGUCCCCGCCCACCUUCUCUUAUGGGCAGGACUCAAAUGGCAGUGGAUCCCCAUACAGGCUGUAUGCCUCCCCUCCUGCUCAGACUAUUCCCCUGAAUCUGUGCAAAUCAAAACCCUCCCCGGGUGAUGGCAAUGCCCAGGAGCCUGCUUUCAGCGCCAGCAUCCUACUGCAGAAUUUAGCCCAGUGUGGAUUAAAAAGAACUGCCUCUUCCCCUCCGUCAAAGACUCCAGCCAAAAAGCAGACUCUUGACUUGAAAGGGGACCAGCCGGUCACUCUUCUGGAGAGGCUUAGCGCGCCCAUUAUGAAGAAUAGUCCCCCCGUUGCAGACGGACCCCGUGCAAAUUCCGCCAAGGUCCCAUUUGUGCCAGAACCUUCGCCCCCAGUCUCAGAGAUUGAGAACCUUCUGGAGAGGCGCACGGUUCUGCAACUCCUCCUGGGAACAGCUAGUAAUAAAGAGAAACCAGUAUGUGGCAAGCGGAAGCGAACGGCAGCCCAAAGCACGCUGACAGAAGAGCAGCCAGAGAAAUCUGAGAGCCAUGGCAGCCUGAACGGGCCCCCACUGGACAUCAAGAUCAAGAUGGAGCCAAGAGAGGAGAGUCCUCUGUCCGACUACGAGGAAGAGUCAGAGUGGUGGCAGAGAAGGGGAGGGGAGGAUGAGAAAUGCCCCCCUCAGAGGGAUGUAAAGCCUGAGCCGCUGUCCCCGGAAACUGUCCCCAAAUACGGCCUACUCAGCCAGCUUUUGAAGCAGCAGACCAAAAUCUGCCAGCUGAACAUGCAGACCGGUUUACACUCUGGCACUGUGAAGGAGGAGGUGGAGGACGUCCAGGGGCCUGCCAUACCAAAGAAGCGGAAAUUCUGCGCAGAGCUGGAAGAUCGCCUGAGCGGGGAGCCGUUUAUGAGUUCAGGCAGCAGCGACAGCACUCCAAAAGAUGGAUCUGACAACGGUCAUGCCAUCUCCAGCAUGGCCGAGGGACAGAAGUUGAAAAAAUUGGAGAGUUUGGACGAGGCCAACUCUCCCGCCACAUGCCCCGUGAGCGAGUCCCUUCCGAAUGACAGCCGGGGUUUCAACGUCCUAAAGCAGCUCCUGCUGUCUGAUAACUGUCUGAAGGACCUGGCCCAGCCUGGGGGCUCCGGGAGCCCCUCCAGCCCUCAGGUGAAUUUCAAGGUCAACGGGAACGUGCCGAGCAAGCCUGCUCCCAGUCACGGACUCACCCACCUGCGGAGGGACCUGAGCCCACCCAGUGACUUCCAAGUGGUGAACGGGGUUUCCACCAGCCGCAGCCUCCCUGCCUCCCCUCCCUGGGGUGUUCACACCCCGGCGCGCCACUCCCCAAAACUGAACCUCGUCCCUAUCAAAAGAGAUGCUGAGGGCCCUGUCCAGUGGGUGGUCAGCGGGGAGGAGAGACAUGACUCCCCUCGACUGACCAGGUCCAACCCCAUACUGUACUACAUGCUCCAGAAGGGGGGCUUCCAGCUGGGCCGGGAGCGGAGGGGCCGGGAGGAGGGUCCCUGCGGGGGACUGCGAGUGAGGGAGAAGCAGGAGACUGCCGACCACGGCCUGAGCUCCAAACAUCUCCUGCACCUGCCAGACGAGAGGCCAGGGGGCACUGUGGAGCGGCACAACGGGUCUCUGAAAAAAUGCUAAUUACUAAAUUAUGAAUUUUUUAAAACAAAUGCCAAUAUCUGGACUGAAAAUUAUUUUCUGUUGGUGUCUGUUUUGCUUAUUCAUUUGCUGGUUUGCCUUGAUCCUUAUGAGAGUUUAUAAGAAGGAGAACACAGCCAGUGCAGGUGACAUAUGAGUAAUAUCACACACUGACAAAACAGAAAUCCAA